GGAAGAGGGUUUGCCCCCAUUGGUUGUUGGAGGGGUUGGUUACUAGUUAUGGUGAAGGUUGUGGUCGUUCAAGCCCUGCAGUGUUUGAUGCACUUGUGAGGGCUUGUACUCGGUUCGGGGCCAUAGAUGGUGAUUAUGAGGUGAUCAAGAAGCUUAGAUUGGAUUGGGUUUUGAUUCACGCAUGGAAGAACUUUCUUAAUCAUUUAAUUAAGUUGAAUGAGAUUGAUAGGUUUUGGAAGAUGUAUAAGGAAAUGCUUUCAUAUGGGUAUGUUGAAGAUGUUGAUACUUUCAAUUUGGUUAUUUAUGCUCUUUGUAAGGAGUGCAAGUUACUAGAAGCAAUGUCGGAAUAUUAUCAGAUGUUGAAGAGUGGAAUUUGGCCUAGUGUUGUUACUUUUAACAUGAUUUUAAAUGGUCCUGGAGCAUGCAGGAUGGGUGAUAUGGAACUUGCCUUGAAGGUUUUGAGAAAGAUGGGGGUAAUGUCGGAGGACUGUGUUACGGCCAAUUCAGUUACUUACAAUAAUUGUAUCAUUAAUGGGUUUUGCAAAAUUAGUGGUUUACCGGUUGCAGAAGAAAUUCAUGCUGAAAUGGCCGAGGCAGGUGUUGAGUCCAAUUUGAGGACUUGUGCAACUCUAGUAGAUGGGUAUGCAAAACAGGGGCGUUUGGAGUUGGCACUUCGAUUGUGCGAUGGAAUGGUGGAAAGGGGAUUGGCCCCUAAUCCUGUUGUUUACAAUUCAAUUAUCCAUCGGCUUCACAUGGAAGGAGAUACUGAGGAAGCUUUUUCCUUAUUGUCUGACUCUGACUUGAUUGAUAGGCAUAUAUGCUCUGAUCAGUUCACCUACUCAAUCCUCAUCAAGGGGCUCUCUAGAAGUGGGCUUGUGAUGGAAGCAGUUGGACUUCAUAACCACAUCCUUGAGAAGAACCUCAUCAAGGAUGUUUUCUCCCACAGUAUCCUGAUUGAUUAUUUGUGCAAAAGCAAAAAUUUGACAGCAGCCAAGCAAUUGACGGGCAGCAUGUUUGUUCGUGGUUUACUUCCUGACACUGUCACCUAUGGCACUUUGAUUGAUGGGCACUGCAAAGAAGGGAGCAUAGGAAGUGCAGUUCAGAUUUAUGAAAAGCUGAUGUGAGGGGAAGAAAAAACUAAUUUGAUGAUAUAUAAUUCUGUUAUAAAUGGGUUGCGGAAAGAGGCAUCAGUGGGUAUUUCAAAACUUUUGAUGGAUUCGUUAUAGAGGCUGGAUCUUCUUGACAUUAUAACCUAUAACAUGUUGUUCUAGAAUCAUAAUAAGGACCUUAUGAAGUUACAGAUAAAAAAUCAGAUGUGUAGAUCUUUCGGAUCAAGUUACGUAAGGUUGUGGACCUACCGUUGAUAGUUGACCAACUGUUGACUUUUGGUCAACACAUUCCGAAUUCUUCUACAAUGUAUUGGAGGAUGUAUAGCACAUGAAAUUAUGGGUUUUAUCGUUAAAGUUCUGAGAUGAUAAUUGAUAUUUGUUCUUGGCGACGUUUGUGUGGACACCACGAUAAUUGUGCUAGAAGUCGUAGCACGGACUCCAAGUGAGUGACUUCAAUACAUGUGGUAAUGGUUAUUACCUUGAGAUUCUUAUUUAUCCUUUUGUGG